AUGAAAACUCACAGUGCGGCUACGAGGAAGAACAAAGAAUGGCAGGAUAAGCUUCCUGUUGUUGUCUUGAAAGCCGAGGAAAUCAUGUACUCUAAAACCAACUCCAAGGAAAAGUAUACAGAUGGUGAUACUAUGUGGAAUAGAGUCAGUGAUGCCAUUGACACCAUUAUUAAAGAUAUGAUAGCACUGAAACUGGCCAUAUUUUGCAUCCUUGAGUUGAAGCUGCUCUUAACCUUGGAGGCAUUGCUGAAAAUCUUCAAGAAGCCAGCGACAUAG